CACUAUACACAUUUUUUUAAUAAAAAAAAUAUGUUUAAAAUAAAUCUUUGAUUUAUCGCAUAUUAUUUGUGUAAUUAUAUUUUUAUUGAAUUGUAAUUAUUAAAAAAAUAAAAGUGAACAAUAGUUUCGUACUUAUUGUAAAUUUCUAUUAUGUAUAUGGAUAUUGGAACUGUAUUAUAAUAAAUUAAGAAAUAAAAAUGGUUCGAGAUAAAGACCGACAUCAUAGACGACGAUCUCGUACUAGAUCACGUUCAAAAUCAGGAACUCCAGAAAAAAAGAGAAGAAGAUCUAGGAGUAAAGAUCGUGAUAGAGAUAAAGAAAAAUCAAGUAGACACAGAGAUAGAAGAAGUCGAUCUCGAGAUCGUGAAAGAGAUAGAGAUCGACGAGACCGCUCUGAUAGGGAUAGAGAUCGGGAUAGAGAUAGAAGGCGCAGUCACAGCAAAGAAAAACGAACAGAUUCAAAAUCUUCCAAAUCAAAUAAAGAAAGAAAAAGAUCAAGAUCUAAAGAAAAAAAGAAUAAAGAGAGAGAUGAUUCUGAAGAUCAAUUACCAUUCGAUCAUACUAAGCUCGAUAAAGAAGAAGAGCAAAAAAGAUUGGAUUUGGAAAUGCAAAAAAGGAGAGAAAGAAUUGAAAGAUGGAGAGCUGAAAGGAAAAAAAAGGAACUUGAAGCUACGAAGAAAGACGGUAAAACACCUAUUUUAGCUAAUCUUCAAAUCCCAAUGAAAAAGUGGUCUUUAGAAGAUGAUAGCGAUGAAGAGACUCCAGUUCAACAGCCAACGGUAAAAAAAGAAAGUGAAGAGGGUGAAGAAAAAGAAGGAAAUGAAGCUACUGAAACGAACGAAAAAGAACAGAAUAAUACUGAAGAGGAAGAAAUAGAUCCUUUAGAUGCAUUUAUGGCUGAAGUUCAAGAAGAAGUCAGAAAAGUUAAUAAAUUAGACAAAGCGAAAUCGGGUAAAAAUGGUAACUCUGGACCAAAUGCAUCUAGUGGUGGUGUUGUAAUUGUAACUGGUGUAGCUAAAAAGAAAGAUCAAAAGCAGAAAGGAGAAUUAAUCGAGCAAAAUCAAGAUGGUCUGGAAUAUUCGAGCGAAGAAGAAGGUGAAAAUCUUCAUGAAACUGCAGCUGGAAUUGCUAAUAAACAGAAGAGAGAAUUAGCAAAAGUUGAUCAUGCCACAACUGAAUAUAUAACAUUUAGAAAAUCAUUUUAUGUUGAAGUUCCAGAGAUUGCUAAGAUGACAUCAGAAGAAGUUGAAUUAUAUAAAGAGGAAUUAGAAGGAAUAAGAGUUAAAGGUAAAGGAUGUCCAAAGCCUAUAAAGUCUUGGGCUCAAUGUGGUGUGACCAAAAAAGAGCUUGAUGUCUUGAAGAAACUUGGAUAUGAAAAACCAACACCUAUUCAAUGUCAAGCCAUUCCAGCUAUUAUGUCCGGAAGAGAUUUGAUAGGAAUUGCUAAAACUGGAAGUGGAAAGACUCUAGCAUUUUUGCUUCCCAUGUUUAGACACAUUUUAGAUCAACCAUCUUUAGCUGAUGGAGAUGGUCCAAUUGCUUUAAUUAUGACACCAACAAGAGAGCUUUGUAUGCAAAUUGGAAGAGACUCAAAGAAAUUUACAAAAUCACUUGGGCUAAGUCAUGUGUGUGUAUAUGGGGGAACUGGAAUUUCUGAGCAAAUUGCAGAACUUAAAAGAGGAGCUGAAAUAAUUGUCUGUACACCUGGUAGAAUGAUUGACAUGCUUGCUGCUAAUAGUGGACGAGUUACUAACCUUCGGCGAGUAACUUAUGUUGUUCUUGACGAAGCUGAUCGAAUGUUUGACAUGGGUUUUGAACCUCAAGUAAUGAGAAUAAUGGAAAAUGUGAGACCUGAUCGCCAAACUGUGCUUUUUUCAGCAACCUUUCCCAGACAAAUGGAGGCCUUAGCAAGAAGAAUUUUAACGAGACCUGUAGAAGUACAAGUUGGAGGUCGUUCCAUAGUGUGUAAAGACGUCGAACAAAAUGUUGUAGUUCUUGAAGAAGAUCAAAAGUUUUAUAAACUUUUAGAAAUUCUUGGACACUAUCAACAAAAAGGAUCAGCUAUAAUUUUCGUAGAUAAGCAAGAAAAUGCUGAUACGUUACUCAAAGAUUUAAUGAAAGCUUCAUAUUCUUGUAUGUCACUUCACGGUGGAAUUGAUCAAUGUGAUAGAGACUCAACGAUACUUGAUUUUAAAGCAGGAAGAACUAAAAUUCUUGUUGCUACAUCUGUAGCAGCACGCGGUCUUGAUGUUAAACAACUAGUUCUGGUUGUAAAUUAUGAUUGCCCUAAUCAUUAUGAAGAUUAUGUUCAUCGAUGUGGUAGAACUGGAAGAGCUGGUAAUAAAGGAUAUGCUUACACAUUUAUCACUCGUGAACAGGAGAGAUAUGCUGGUGACAUUAUUAGAGCUCAUGAACUCGCUGGUGUUCCAGUUCCAGAGCCAUUGAGAAUAUUAUGGGAUCGAUAUCGUGCUCGGUUAGCUGGAGAAGGCAAGAAAGUACACACUGGUGGUGGAUUUAGUGGUAAAGGAUUUAAAUUUGAUGAAUCGGAAGCUGCUUUAGUAAAUGAGAAAAAGAAAUUUCAAAAAGCAGCGCUUGGAUUACAAGAUUCUGAUGAUGAAGAUAUUGAAAAUGAUAUUGAUCAACAAAUAGAAAGUAUGUUAGCUCCUAAAAGAACUGUACGAGAAAUUGCAAGACCUACUGCUGCUGCUAGUUUAAAUAUUCCUGGGCAAUCAGCUACUGCUGCUAGUGCUACUGAUAAAUUAGAAUUAGCUCGAAGAUUAGCUUCAAAAAUAAAUAUUGCUAAGAACUUGGGUGCUGAAGCUAAAGGAGCAACUCAACAAGCUGCAGAAGCUAUUCUCAAAGGUGCUGGGCCAACUAAUCUUAUCACGGCCAAAACCGUUGCGGAGCAGCUGGCAGCUAAACUUAAUACAAAAUUAAAUUAUCAACCAAGAGAGGAAGAUCUUAUUGAGGGUGAUGGAGAGAUAGGAGAACAAACAUUCAGAAAAUAUGAAGAAGAAUUAGAGAUAAAUGAUUUCCCUCAACAAGCUCGAUGGCGUGUAACGAGUAAAGAAGCUUUAGCUCAAAUAUCAGAGUACUCUGAGGCCGGAUUAACAGUUCGUGGUACUUAUAUUGCUCCAGGAAAAAAUCCUCCUGAAGGAGAAAGAAAAUUAUACCUUGCAAUUGAAUCCACAAGUGAACUGGCUGUUAGUAAGGCUAAAGCUGAAGUUUCUCGAUUAAUUAAAGAAGAAUUAAUCAAACUUCAAUCAUCAGGAACUCAUACUGCUUCACGUGGACGAUACAAAGUUUUAUAAAUUAUAAAUUAAUUUUUUAAAUUGACAUAACAUUAAUAAAAUAAGAUAGAACUUAAAUAUA